GGUGAGCUUUCCGAUCUUCUCUGAGCUGGAAGUAACCGUGCAAUGAGUACAUUUUUGUCGGGUUUCCUGUGAUUUACGCUGAAUUAUAUGUGUGAAUGAUGUGUACCGCCAAAAAAUGUGGAAUUCGAUUCCAGCCUCCAGCUAUCAUCUUAAUCUAUGAGCAUGAAAUUAAGGGGAAAAGUCGACAGCGCAUCAUGCCAGUCCGAAACUUCUCCAAGUUUUCAGAUUGCACCAGAGCUGCUGAACAAUUAAAGAAUAAUCCCCGACACAAGUAUUACCUGGAACAGGUGUCCCUGUGGCAGCUGGAGAAGUUGUUCAGUGUUUUACGAGGUGACUUGCGGGGACAGAGUUUGGCAGAAACGAUGGAACAAAUUCAGCGGGAAACAACCAUUGAUCCUGAGGAAGACCUGAACAAACUAGACGACAAGGAGCUUGCCAAGAGGAAGCGCAUCAUGGAUGAACUUUUUGAGAAAAAUCGGAAGAAGAAGGAUGAUCCAAAUUUUGUCUAUGACAUCGAGGUUGAGUUUCCACAGGAUGAGCAAGUACUGUCCUGUGGCUGGGACACAGAGUCAGCUGAUGAGUUCUGAUACAGAGCACUCGGAAAAGUCAGGGGCUAGCAGAAUAUCCAUGUUUAUACAAAGAACAUACAGUGAUUCUAGAAAAAUCUGCCAAGAACACUAAAUGUAUGUGUUGGGUCAUAAAUGGAUUGACCGUGUUACUUUUCCAAAGCAGUAUAUUUACAUCUACCAGGUAGGUGCAAGCAGGAUAUAGGAAAAACAAUACAGGAGUCUGCCUUUAAGGAGCUCAUAAACUAAUUGAAAGAUAAGUCAGAAACUUGUGAAAAUAUAUAAUAAUAUAGGCAUUAGAAAGAUUAGAGCCAGGUGCUGGUAGAGGAUAAAGGUCAGAGCCUGGAUUCCUGUAGGGUGGAAUGGCUAGGGGGAGACAGGACGUUGCCUGACCCUGGAAAUCAUAGUAUGUUCACAGAUGCCCGUGUAGUGGUCCAGACUAGAGUGCAUGCAGCAAAGGGGAAGAGGAGUGGCAAAGAGACAACAAAUAGACAUUUGUAUUUUAGCAAAUCACGGUUUGACAAGAUUG